AAGCUUUCUAAUCUGUGAAUCAGUGAGUUCUUCAAAUCAGCUCAUCACUUAAAUUCUCAAUUCUUUCUUUACUUUCUCCUUACCAUUCUCAUUCUCAUUCUCAUUCUCUUCAUUCGUCAUCAUCAUCACUACCAACUACAUAAAAAUAUAUUAAAGAUGUUGAUUUUUUCUAUCAUCCCAUUGAUUUGUCAAGCUUGUUCGAAACCUACUCCUACACUUCCUUCUUUACCACCAAACGCAUCAGAAACUCAUGUACCUGGUAAGAUUUAUAAACCUGUUCAACAAGAUCAACAACUUUAUAAUAUUUCACAACCAGCUUCGAUUCUUCAACAACUUAGUCCGAGUUAUAAGAUCGAAUCUAGAUUUGAUUUUCAAUCUAUUAACCUUGCAUUAAAUCAAGAAUGGAUAGAAUUAGAUCUUUUUCAUUAUGGAUUAAGCAAGUUUUCAGUAGAAGAAUUUGAAGCAGCUGGAAUUAAUGCAGAGUAUAGAUUCUUGAUUGAAUUUAUGGCAGAUCAAGAAGUUUCACAUGCGACUGUUUUAAGUAAUAUGUUGGGUCCUCAAGCUGCUAAACCUUGUAAAUAUGAAUAUCCAUUCCAAACGGUCAAAGAGUUUAUUGAUUUUUGUCAAAAACUUACUAGAUGGGGUGAAUCUGGAGUUUAUGGUUUCUUACCUUUCCUAGAAAACCCCAAUUCUGCUCAAAUCUUAUUACAAUCAAUCACUACUGAGGCUAGACAACAGAUGAUCUUUCGACAAUUUGAAGGUCUUUUUCCUAUGCCUGUAUAUCAUAUAGCUGGAAUCCCUCAGAGUUGGGCAUGGACACUUUUACAUCCAUACUUAAUCAGUUGUCCAGAAACAAACCCAAGGAUCGAGUUUGAUAUCUUUCCAACUUUACACAUUUUAAAUAAUCCAAAUGCUUCUUUAAUCGAUCCUAAAUCACCUUCGAUCUCUCAUAACCGUACGACACUUUCUUCGCCGGGUAGAGUGGUUCAUUUCAAGUUUGAUCAACCUGGUCUCACUGUGAAUCCUAAUCAAGAGUAUCGUACGAUUAUUCAUGCUGCUUCUGGGGUUCCUAAAUUUGCAGCUUGGACUUCAGAAUAUAAUGUGACUUACUCAACCUUAUUCAACGUCACGAACUCUUCCGCGUCAACUAUCCAACCGUUUUCAGAACUUUUUCCGGGUCAAGUUGAUUAUCCAUCUAUAAAUGGUACAAUGUUUAUUACUUUAACAGAUGUUGAUUUGAAAGUCACUCCAUCUAAUAUUACACUUUUGAAUCCACAUAUCAUUGCUGGUCCAGCAAUGUAUCAAGCAGAUUAAAAGAAGUUUUUCUUGUUCUUCUUCAUCAAAAGAAAUUAAAAAACUUUUUUUAUUAUUGAUAAUGGUUUGGUAAUCUGAAACAUUAACAAAAUUGCUUUAAACUUAUCAAUUAUUUUAUAGUGUAUGUACAACAAGUAGUUAUAAGUUGUUUUAGUAAACUAUUAUGUAAAGUUUUUUCCAAUUCAUUCUUAUACAUACCUUUUCUUUUAUAUGUUUUUAUACAUAUAUAUAUAUAUGUAGUUUUGAGAAAUAUUCUUUAAAACUGAUGAACAAACAUGAUCUUGUUUU